AUUUAUUACCUGUACGACUACAGUAAUAAACGGCCAGAUGAGCAAAUUGUGCACAAAGGACUGUUGGAAGUACCUUCGCAUGUCCCCGCUUAAUGCAUCGUUACCCGUUUAGCAUAUUAUUGAAGUUAUCCAGUAUACGGAUAGAGCAACAAUUUUCGGAGUAGACCAGCGAGAGAACCGGUUCACUUAUGCCCUUAAUCUCGUAAAUCUACCAAGAGGAAAACAUCCUUGUCUUGGGUAAAGAGACUGUUCUCACAGUGACAAGCUUCUUAAGGUCUUGUGAAAAAGUCACAGCCCAAGUUCAAUAUGGCAGAGACCGCACCUCGUCUUCAAGACGCUCCCCGUUUCCCUAACGACCCAAUUCUUGUCAAGCUGCUUGAAGCUGCCAAGCGGGUACCGGUUUCAGAGGUCAUCAUCAAGGACUUCGCAGGUUUUGAGAAAACAUACCCACAGCUCUUGAGUGACGUCUUGGAGACUCGCGAUCGUCUUAAGUCCUCAUUGCCUGCCUCUAAUUUCGGCGAAAAGGGUCUCCUUCGUGAGGAGAAUGUAUACGUCACAGCUCUCACACGAACCGGGUAUGAGUAUGCUGUCGCGUUCUUUGCCGUAAGAGCAUUGGGGGGAGCUUAUGUGCCACUAGACCCCAGAGCAGCCCUGGACAGACAGGCUUCUGUCAUUUCCAGGGCAAAAUCAGACUGUGUAUUGUUUGACCGCGGUUGCACUGCAGAGCUCGAACGACUAGAGGCUCAUAUGGAAAAUAUCGAGGGGAAAUCUUUGGUUGUGCUACCUGUUGCAUGCAACUCUCAUCCUUUACCGGCAAUUGAUGUCAGUAUCGAUGAAGCUCUCUAUUUGGACCCAGAUGGUCCUGGGUUUGUAUGCAUGACAUCAGGCACCACUGGCUACUCCAAGGGUGUCGUGAUCCGAAGAACGUGCCUCACGUCUCAUCCAGUAAACCUGACAUCCGAACUGCUUGAGAAGAAAGGUGGUGCCCAGAUCAAUUAUAACGAGAGCCACUGGCUCGGUGGUGCGAAGAAUGUAAUUGAAAGCAUAGCCCUUGGCAAAAUGGUGUUCGCCCUCGAAUGCCCGGCCAGUGCCAAAGACGUGCUUGAGGUCUUUCGAAACAAUCGGAUCACCUAUUUUAUUUUCAAUCCAGCACUUCUUCGGGGUAUGAAGGAUAUCCUGCUGGGUGAUGAAGAACUCACAAAGGAAAAACAAGCAACAUUUUCAGCACAUUUCAAAGGGCUAGAUUUCUUUUUAUGCAUUGGAGGUCUGGUCGAGCAACCGACGGUAGACUUUUGGGAAGAGGUCAUCGGACUUCCGCUGCAGUGCCGAUACGGGGCCAGCGAGCUGACGGGGUUGGUAACGAUGGGAUUAUCCAGAACAAACGGUUCCGUUGGAAAACUCGCGCCUGGCAUGGAGAUGAAACUGUCAGAGGGAACACAUGGCAGGUUGUCCAUUAGGUCUCCUCAUAAAUUUCUAGGUUAUCUUGGCAAUGUCGAGGCAACACAGGCGGCUUUCGAUGAGGAGGGUUACUACCGAACCGGAGACAUGGCCGAUUUGAAAGACGGCGAGUUGCUCUUGCACGGCCGCGAACGAGAUGACUACAUUGUCUUUGGCAAUUCUCGCUAUUCUGCCCUCAAGGUGGAACGUUGCUUGAUGGGGCUGCCCUACACUGCUGAAGUCUGCGUUGUCGCCGUACCCGUGGAAGAAAAGAAGCAGUUGUGUGGUGCUGUUAUCAGGAUCAAAGAUGGCCUAGGGUUGGAUAAAAUUACGUUAGCUCAAAUCAGAGCAGAUAUUCAGGCCGAUCUAGACGUCACAGAGUUGCCUGCUAUACUGCGACUUUUGGAGCCUGGAGAGGACUUACCACGUACAGCCACAGGGAAGCCCAUCAAGUAUCAGGUCAUGGAGGACUUCUUUUAUGCUGGUGAUUGUGGCAGGGACUGGUUUGCUGUGGACAGCCCGCCAUCUGAUGUCGAGUUCUGCGGCAUGCCUGUCACAGUUACUGCAUAAUGUACCUUAACAUAGGCCAUAGAUUUUAAUGAAG